CACGAGACGAACAUGGAUCGGUGGCUUAUUCUCUGGCAAAUGUAAGAAUGAAAUAUUUCGUACCACGAGCGCGUCAAAUGCUGAUUAAAAUCAAGAACAGAUGCCAAAAGUGUCGACAAAUGACAACUAAACCGUUAAAAGUAUUCUGGGGAAAUCCGCCAGGAGAAAGAGUAAAUCGAAGUUAUCCGUUCGAGAACAUUGGUGUGGAUUUAUUCGAAUUGAGAACGCAACCAAAAACGACCGGUAUGAUCUUCACAUGUUGUGUUACAAGAGCCGUGCACUUUGAAGUGCUGGAAAAGUUAUCGGCAGAAGGUUUGUGCGACGCUUUUAUGAUUUUCGCAUCGUUACAUCGAACACCAUCAGUGGUAUAUUCCGACAAUGGCACGAAUCUCAAACGACUUGCUCCGUUCAGAGGUGGUUUUUACGAAGCUUUGAUCAAGUCAAUGAAGCGGGGUUUCUAUAGCAUCGUAUGGCGAAAGGAGGUGAAAUCAAAUGACGUUCGAAUUAUAUUGUAUCGAAUCCAGGCAUUGAUGAACGCGAGACCAUUGGUAAACAACGAGUCUCACAUUUUGACACCCAAUCAUUUGGUGUAUGGACAUAAUACGCGUGAAACAAUGGUACCACCGCGAAAGGGAGUAACUCCUGGUAAUUUGGUGAGAUACUGGCGAGGAACCCAGCGAUUGGUUAAUGCCGCGUGGAAGACCUACAAAGAUGUAUAUUUGAAGGGACUACGAACGUAUCAUCAGAACAAUCGACAUUAUGAACAAGUCCGCGUUGGAGAUCACGUCUUGGUGGUGGAUGAACGCUUGCCGGUGUCGUUGUGGAAAGUAGGACGUGUGGUCGAUCGAAUAGCAGAUAAACGUGGGGUCGUUCGUACAUAUAAAGUCGAGGUCGAUGGUCGGGAGUUGGAGAGACCAGCCCAGAAGAUCGCCCCCCUCGAAUCGUCAUUUGAAGAUGGGGGAGGAAAUGGUGCGAAUGCCAACGCAUCAUGUCACUUAUGAAUGGCCCAAGACGAACUUGAGUUGGAGGACGACAAGAAAAACGAGGAGAAAAAGAACCACGUGAGAAAAGCGUCGGAGAGAAGGCAGUAUGUUUUUGCUUGUGAUCGACGACUGACGAACGGACGAUUAAUAAUUGACGACUGAAAAACGACGAACGACGAACGACGAACGACGAACGAGAAACGACGAACGACGAACGACGAACGACGA